AUGGCAUCUACGGUCGUAGCAGAGCUUGAGGCCGGCCUGCAGGGCAUGCUCUCGCUAAAGCCCCCAGGAGUAUCCGGCUCUCGCAUCACAAACAUCACAACACUCUGCGUCGCCAAUGUUCAGCACGAAUCCGUCUUCAUCCAGAAACUCUUUACACACUUCAAGAAAACACCCAGCACACACAAACUGGGGGUUCUCUACGUCGUAGACUCUGUAACGAGGAAAUGGUUGGAUCAAGCCAAAGCCCAAGGACAAACACCAAGCCUAUCAGCCCCUGAUGGGACAUUCGGGGCAGGAGUGCAUAGAGUGACAGAACUGAUACCUAUUUUGAUGAACGACAUCAUUGCCACGGCGCCAGCAGACCAAAAGGAGAAGAUAAAGAAGCUUGUUGAUAUUUGGGAGAAGGGCCAAACCUUCCCUGCUUCCAUGGUCAACUCGUUCAAGGAGAAGUUGAAUGCUCCGAGGCCAACAAACGAGUCGACAACACCUCCCGGCAGCCCGCCUCCCAACCUCGCUGCUUCGUUGGGCUCUGGUAAUAAACCGCCGGCACCACCUGCAAGCCAGGCAGUUCCCAACAUUAUUCUGGAUAAGCUUGCAAGCCUUGCACGGCAGAAUGCCUCGUCUGCGCAAAGUAAUCCCAGCCCAGCUGCUUUCGCUCCAUCGUCUGCUCCGGCUACUGCACCCGCAUUCGGGGCAUUGGGAGGCCCGCUUGGAGGUGGGUUGAUGUCGCAAACUCCGGGCGCUGGACAAGGUCACGCAGGUGCUCCAUUUUUGCCGACAUCCCAGACGCCUACCCAGCCUGUAAAUGUACCAGGACUGCCCUUUGCGUAUCCCGCGGCACAACCUCCACAACCUACACAAACCGUGCCUCCUCUGGCUGCUUUGGCCAGCCCAGUUGCUGGGGCGCCGCCGCAGAAUGGCGCAAGUAAUCCGUCAGCCGCGACCGUCCAGCUGGUAGCGGCGCUGGCUGCACAGGGCAUGCCCAUUGAUAAGAUCGCCAGCGUAAUCCAGAUGAUGGGCCAGGCCGGUGGCCUCCCGGCCGCAGCCACUCCGCCGCAGAUGCCUCAGCCCACGCAGACCGGGUAUACUGGAGGCCCAACGCCGGGAAGCGCUGGCCCUGCUCCUUGGGAUGCCCCUCGCCCUGAUGAUGCACGUGAUCGCGGUGGCUAUCAUGACGGUAUGAGGUCACCGCACCGUCGGGGCCGGUCGAGGUCACGCUCUCCCGCACGCUGGGACGCAAGAGGUUCCCCGAGAUCCCAUGCCAAUGAUCGGAGCGGUUUUGACUACGGACGGCCCGGUUCGCCCGGUCGCGGCCGUGCUGAUGACCGGGACCGUCGUGGGGACAUAUCGGACUACCGCCAGCGUUCGCCCCGUGGGCGCCAUGGCGAGAGCCCGGUUCGGGAACCAGAGCCGCAGGACAAGUGGGUCGAGUACGACAACAACGUUCCUAGUGGCAGCAUCAAAGUGUACAGCCGGACCCUUUUUGUAGGCGGUGUAACUUGCUCUGAACACGAGCUUCGCGAGAUUUUCACCCGUUUCGGCCAGGUCCAGACUUGCAUCGUCAACAAGGAUAAGCGCCAUGCGUUUGUGAAGAUGUUUUUCCGCAAGGACGCUGAGCGUGCAAAGGCCGCUAUGGAGGAUAUGCGCAGCCAAGACUUUCAACUCAGGACAAGGUGGGGUGUGGGUUUCGGUCCCCGUGAUUGCAGUGACUACCAGAGUGGCAUCAGCAUCAUCCCCAUUCACAAGCUCACCGACGCCGACCGCAAAUGGAUGCUUACAGCCCCCUUCGGUGGCUCCGGCGGCCGCCCCAUCGUCAGCGGCCUGUCCGUCGAGGAGCCCGACAUCGAGAUCGGCGCCGGUGUGUCCUCCAAGGCCAUCAGCCGCCGCAUGCAGACCGACAAGGGCGGUAAUCACGGGCCCAAGUCCAGUCGGCGUGUGGAUGAUGACCAACCUCCCGCUAGCUUUGGUGGCCCUGGUGGGCCUCAAAGCGGCGCCUUGACUGGAGCCCCCGGCGGUGGUCCCGGUGGCAGGUGGCGGAAUAAGGCUGGUGAUAAGCACCAUGGCAGCGGUGGCGGUGGUGGUCGUGACCAGCAGCGACGAGGUGGAGGUGGCGGUGGUGCCCGGACCGACGGCAAAAUUAGCGAUGACCCGAUCGUCAUGGAUCUGCCGGCGGGCAUUACCAUGGGUCCCAACGGAAUUAACUAUCCUCCCAACUUUGCCUUUGGCGGGUCGGGGCCGCAUUUAUAG